UUUGAUUGGUUUUGUUUUCCAGCAUUCAUAAAUUUCUCAAGUCGUGUGGAACAAUUAUUGUGUUGGUUUUAUUGAGAGAUAAAGAGAUUUUGAGGAUUUUUCACAACAACAUUGUUUGUUUGUGAUGACAAAAAAAAAAAAAAAAAAAAAACAUUGUUUGUUUGUCUGAUGGAGCAAUUCAGACAAAUCGGCGAAGUUCUUGGAAGUCUUAAUGCACUAAUGGUAUUACAAGAUGAUAUCUUGAUCAACCAAAGACAAUGUUGUUUGUUGUUAGAACUCUUCAGUUUAGCUUUCAACACGGUCGCAGAAGAGAUCAGACAGAAUCUAAAGCUUGAAGAGAAGCAUACUAAAUGGAGAGCUCUUGAACAACCUUUAAGGGAGCUUUAUAGAGUUUUUAAAGAAGGAGAGUUAUAUGUUAAACAUUGUAUGGACAAUAGUGAUUGGUGGGGUAAAGUUAUCAAUCUUCAUCAGAACAAAGAUUGUGUUGAGUUUCAUAUACACAACUUGUUCUGUUAUUUCUCUGCGGUUGUUGAAGCGAUCGAGGCUGCUGGUGAGAUUUCGGGUCUUGACCCUUCUGAGAUGGAGAGAAGGAGAGUUGUGUUUUCAAGAAAGUAUGAUAGAGAGUGGAAUGACCCUAAGCUUUUUCAAUGGAGGUUUGGGAAACAGUAUUUGGUAUCACGGGAUAUUUGCAGCCGGUUUGAGCAUUCUUGGAGAGAAGAUAGAUGGAAUAUAGUUGAGGCAUUACAAGAGAAGAGGAAAUCGGAUAGCGAUGAUAUUGGAAAGACCGAGAAGUGUUUAGCGGAUUUGCUUUUGAAGAAGUUAAUAACCUUGAGAGGAUGCCCAGCAAAUAACCUUGUAUUGGUGCCGCGAAUAAAGAAUCACAUGAAGCUUCUCCGUAACCCUUAACCUGAAACGACAAGACCAAUUGAAUAGUUGAACAUUUGAUGUCAGCAUAGUUUUUCAAU